CCUUCCACAUCAUUCCAUAAUCCCAAACAACCUUCUAGACAAAUCUCUUUCUUUCUCUUUCUUCUCCUCAAAAUUCAUAAAUCUGAAUUAAAAUUAGUAACCGGACAUUACCACCGCCUCAACCUCUCAGAGUGCUUGCAGAAGCAAUUUAACGCUAUCCAAAGCAGAAACAAGAUCAAAGCUUUCUCAGAAAAAAAAAACCAUAUAACAGAGGCUGCAACCCAGAAAACAGAGUAGUAAGGAAGGAGUAAAAGCAGAGAAGGAUUGGAGCAGAUGGGCGUGGAUUACUACAAGAUCUUACAAGUUGAUAAGAACGCCAAAGAUGAAGAUCUUAAGAAAGCUUAUAGAAAGCUUGCCAUGAAGUGGCACCCAGAUAAGAAUCCCAAUAAUAAAAAGGAAGCUGAAGCCAAAUUCAAAGAGAUUUCUGAAGCCUAUGAGGUUCUGAGCGAUCCUCAGAAGAGAGCAAUCUAUGACCAAUACGGUGAAGAGGGUCUCAAAGGUCAAGUGCCUCCGCCGGGCUAUGGUGGCGCAGGCGGCGGCGGCCCGGGGCCUCAGUUCUUCCAGAGGGGAGAUGGGCCCACGAUAUUCAGGUUUAAUCCGAGAAACGCUGAUGACAUUUUCGCUGAGUUCUUUGGGUUCUCAAGCCCGUUCGGAGGGAUGGGUGGCGGCGGCGGGGGAAGGAUGGGCGGUUCCACGUUCUCUAGUGGAAUUUUUGGCGACGAUUUAUUUUCUUCUUUUGGUGAGGGUUCCAUGAAUCAGGUUCCUCGUAAAGCUUCUCCAAUAGAGAUCCGUUUGCCUUGUACCCUUGAGGAGCUCUAUAAGGGUACUACAAAGAAAAUGAAGAUUUCCAGAGAGAUCGCUGAUGCUAGUGGGAAAACAAUUCCAGUGGAAGAGAUAUUAACUAUAAACAUAAAGCCUGGAUGGAAGAAAGGAACAAAGAUCACCUUCCCAGAGAAAGGGAAUGAACAGCCUAACGUUACACCGGCGGAUAUCGUCUUCAUCAUCGAUGAAAAGCCACAUGAUGAUUUCACUAGAGAUGGAAAUGAUCUGAUAGUCACAGAGAAGAUACCUCUUGUUAAUGCUCUCACAGGUCACACAGUACAACUGACUACACUUGAUGGAAGGAAGCUUACCAUUCCUAUCAACAAUGUGAUCCAUCCGAAACAUGAAGAGGUUGUACUAGGGGAAGGGAUGCCUAUACCAAAAGAUCCAUCAAAGAAAGGGAACUUGAGAAUCAAGUUUGAUAUCAAGUUCCCCACAAGGUUGACACCAGAGCAGAAGGCUGGAAUCAAGAGACUGUUGCCGCCAUGAAUCUUAUCCCAUCGGAUUGGAUGAUGUUUUCGAGAUAUCUAAGUGCACAAACUCGAUGUGAAUAUUUUCUGAGUUUGUCUUUUGAUAUGAUAUGUAGUAUUUGGGUAAGGACUUUGGUUGUAUCAAGUGCAAUACAUUUUGAUUGUCCAAUUAUUCCAAUUGUCAGUAAGUUGCUGCAAGUUGAUGAAUAUCUGAAGAAUCAUUCAUCUUA